GAAAUAAAGCCCUCGUCAGAAUUUUUUGGUGUGUGAAUCCAUUGAACCUCUAUCAUCGGACUUUUGAUCCAGCACGACAACGACAAUAUCGACGCCGACUUUUCAAGAUGCCGUCCCAAAAGUCAUUCCGCACCAAGCAGAAGCUUGCGAGAGCCCAAAAGCAAAACAGACCCAUCCCACAAUGGAUCCGUUUGAGGACUGGUAACACCAUCCGAUACAACGCAAAGCGACGUCACUGGAGAAAGACUCGUAUCGGUCUAUAGAUGCAUCACCUUUCAACAGCAAAACAUUCCAUCUUCUCCUCAACCUCUACCCACGCUCAUACGAUUUACUCUUUUUUCCGCUUCUCGCCCGUCCACCAAACCUUACUCUACUUAUCCCGAAUUCGCACGAUCUUAAGACACGAAUUGCAACUUUUAUGAGGGAGGAGCUUGGAGAAAUGAAAUGAUAAUUUUUGCUCGGUUUGGCAGGAGGGUACAACUGAUGGAUGUUGCUUUGGGAAAAGGGAGGCGUAACAUUUCUGAUUGCUAGGCCGGUUCAAUGAAUGGCAUAUAUCGCGAUUGAGAGAGGAUCAUUGUGUUUAUAGCAAAGUGACUCAGUGAGGAAAUGGGAUGUUUUGUUGAUUUCUCCAUAUUACAUUAUUGGAGGUCUGAGUGGAUUUCGCUUUGUGAUUGUGAGUGGGUUUGAUUACUCUCAUUUCGAGUCUUCGUGGUAUAUGGAUUGAAACGUCUAGAACGGCCUCUAACAGGACUUGGUUCUUGAAUCGGAUACCCAAUUUCGGCAAUAUUUUCCAGUAUCUUUGAUCAGUUUGCAGAGUAUAAUCAAAUCAGUCCGAUCA